CGCGGGGGCUGCGCUGCUGCUGCCGGGUCCGUGCGCCGCCGCCGCCGCCAGGAUUUGAAGGAAGAUGACGUUCGCCGAGGAUGAGGUUUAUAAGUACAUUAAGCGAAACAUGUCCAAGUUCCACGUCAUCCGCGUGGAACAGAUGCUUCCCUUCGUGUCAGCAUCCCUCUCUGUUCCAGAUGUGGAGGAAAUUCGAGCCGUGUUGAACAGCAAGGGGAACCACGUCGCCGUGUGGGACUUCAUCGACUUCCUGAGGCGCCGGCAGGGAUGGGUGGAAGUCUUCAUCGACGCCCUCCAUCAUGCUGACUUUUGGGCACUGGGAGAGGAGGUGCAGCGGGUGUACGAGGCGGUGCAAGUUUGUCCUGCUGUUCCAUCCUUUCAUCAGACGACCGGAUCCCCGUCCAGCUCCUCAUUGGCGUGCAGCCGGACCCCCCCACCCGCUGAGAGCCCUGGCUCUCGUGGGCCUGGCAUCGCCUCUCCACUGCCCAGGAAGCCAGUGACACCUGCAUCUUGCCCUCCGUCUGUCAUGGCCACUAACAGUGCUGCAGAGAGCUGCAGGGAUCUGAAGGUGGAGACGCCGGAGAAGGUCCCAGAGUGCACUCCAGCCCCUCCACAGCAGGUUGUCAGUCCCCAGCAGGUGAGAAACAUAUCAGUGGGGGACAUGCAGGCCUCCUACAGAAGCAGUGACCCUGGAAACAUCAGCCUACCUCCCCUGGAAAGCCAGCAGGAUCAUAGGGAGGUGCCAGCAGGACAAGCAGGGCUUGUAGAGCUGGAUAUGCCCAGUGAGCAGACCCAGAGCUGGCCCAGUCGCCAGCAGCAGCCAGUCUGUGUGAACAACGGGUAUUUUGGGAACAUGAAUCACCUGAGCUCUGGGGCUGGUAGCAGAGCCCUGGUGACGGGCCGAUCAGCACCAAGGGAAGAGCCAACAUCUGCCGAGAGCCCCAACGCUGGCAGGAAUGAGCCGGAAGAGGUUUCCUUUGUCUCCAUUGACUGCUCCCCUCCACCAGCAGGGGUGGCCAGAGAGGGCCAGGGGGACGGACCGCUGGCUGGAGAUGCGCUCAAGGAGGAUAAGUGCCGGGCUCUGGCAGGUUAUGUGAAUGAGGAUGUGGCAUGCAGCAUGGUGGAUGUGCGCAGCCCUUUGCUGAUUCAGAAGCAGUUCAAUGCGGAGCAGAAACAGGCCCAGAUGCUGCAAGAUGGUGGAGGAAACGCAGACCUUCAGCAUCACGCCGCCGCCCCUGCUCUUGCAGCUGCCCCCCAGCAAGUGGCUUCUACUCCUGUCCCCAGUAAUGCUCCUCUAGCCAAAUCCCAGCCCUUUGCUGGCCCGCCCAGCACAACCAAGCUUCUGCACCUCUCUAAUUCUGGUCUUGCUGGGGAGUCUCCAGAUGCCAUCAGCUUCCCCUCUUCUGUAGCUCGCUCACCGUUGUUGUCCUCGGGCUCAGCGCGCUUGGCCUGCGACAGCUCCCUGGAUAAGAUGAAGACUCCGAUCCAAGAGACCAAAUUGCCAGAUGAGGGGAAGAGCAGCAGCAACUUCUCUGUGCUGCCACAGAAGGAGGUGGUUCAAACCCCACAGCCCUCUCCUUCAGACGUGAAUCAAGCCAAGCCAGAGAUCUCUGGGAGCAUGAGAAACGCCAGGCCACAGAACCCAGCUGACAUGACCAGAAACACCGUGCCAGACAUCUCUAGGAGCUACCAGGUGCUUUCCAGCAGGGAGGAAGAGCAGCUCAGCAAGCCAGGCACGCUUUGCUCUACCCUGAGCGAGCUCCCGGAGCAGCCAGCACGCCGGCAGCCUGGCUCGCGAGACACAGACCCCGAGUAUUCUGGGAGGUCAGACCGCUUUCUCCUCAGUGACCCCAUCAUGAUGAGCAGCUUGAGCACGGUCAGCUCUGACCCUGGAGGCGCCUGCAACCUUCAGCCAGAAGAAAGCCGUUCUUCGUCCUUCUCAAAGCCACGCCAACUGCCUUCGGCAGCUGUCAGUGGCCCUGAGAAAGAUGAGGUUCCCCAGACUGACCAAAGCCUCUAUCAGUCGGUGAGCAGCAGCUGGGACGCCGCCAAUGUGAGAACUCACGAGAUCCACCUGACCAGUGAUCCUAGCUUUGAGCUGGGGAAUGCCGUCGACCCCAGGGGUGGGGACAGCAUCUGCAGGACCCUGCCGUUGGCCCCUCCUGACCUGUCUGGGGGACGUCCUAGCCGCGAGGCGGGCAGUAGCAUGCAGCCCAAUGGUCCUUGGAAUCCCAUGGCACCUCCGAGAGAUUCGGGCCACAAUGCGAGCCAGCCAAGAGGAGACGGUGCCGAGGAUGCCUCUCCCUAUUUGGGGCUAGCCAUGGCCGUUGCCUUCUUUUCCAUUGUGGGGUUGAUGCUGUACAAGCAUCUGAAUAAUUAGCAGAGGAGCGCAGCAGGGAGAUGGAGGAAUAUCGCUUCCUCUCCGGCCGCCAAGACUUGGGUGAAUGCCACGCUUAGCCAUGUAUGCAGAUGGCUCCUUUCUCUUUCGGCAGCAUUUCAGCCAGCGGCUGUACAGCUGAGGCAUAAGAGGGGGACUUUGGGAUGCUCUGUUAAAUCUCAUCUGCAGGGAGGAGUCCUGCCACUUCAGACGCUUGACCCUAUUGGUACUCUACCUGCUUCUCUUCCCUGGUUGCCUCUUGUAGGCUUCUCUCUCAUACCCUCACCCACCAAGUGAGACCCUCAUUGGAGAGGAGAAUUUGCCCCUCCCUUCUGGCAGUGCUCGGGGUCUGCCCCUGUCCGGGGGUCUCCAUGAUGGGGACACCAUGCCUCUUCGCAAGUCGUCCCACGUGUCUAGGGAAUUCCCGGAUGCCUUCCGCCAGCGCCAGGAGGAGUGGUGUGUCGUUUGCCGAAGCCAAUUUCUGUGAACAUCAAGAUGCUGCUGGUCCCCGGUGCGAGGUUUUGCUUGAUGUCAAAACACGGGUAUGUGGGGAGCCCUUAAUGCCUGGCCCCUGAGCCUGAGUCUCCAGUUCUCCCUCCCAUGGUGGGAGCUCAGAGGUGCUCAUAGUUUCAUAGCUGGUAGGGUUGGAAGGGACCUGAGCACAUCAUCAAGUCUGACCCCCUGCCAUGGCAGGAAAAAGUACUAGGGUCAAACGACCCCAGCGAGG